AUGGAAUUCGCCGAGUGGAUUGGUCGCACCAAAAAGAAACACGUGUACGUUAUCAGCACACUCCAAAGGCCUGUGCCACUGGAGCACUACCUAUACACUGGGCCCCCGCCGCCAGGCACACCCGCACCCAGAAAAGAACCGGAGAUCGAUGUGUCCUUGCACAAAAUAAUGGACCGGAAUAAGAAAUUCCUCACCCUUGGUCACAAAAACGCCACUGAGGCCAUGAAGGCACUCAUUGGCAAGAAGUCCGAAGCUAAGGGACAAUACGGACCUAAAUCUGGGGGCAAACGUGCAGGAGGAGGGGGGGGCGGCUUUGGGAAGGAUAGGCAAUUGUAUCAAAACUUGAUCAAGAUGCUGACGAAGAGAAAGACCCGUUCAAACUGUGAAUAG